CUUUUUUAUUAGUAUUAAAAAUAUUUCAACUUUUUUGUUUGAUCUGCGAUAUCUUUGUUUGUUCUGUUCCUGUUCUCUAUAGACAGAGAGAGAGAGAGAGAGAGAGAGAGAGAGAUCAGCUUAAAAGAUCUUAAAAAAGGUUAAAAAGGUCAGAACAAAAAGUCCGGUUCCGGAGAAAGUAAAAGAAAAAGCUUUCAGCUUGUACUUUGGAGUUGAGAUUCAGAUAUGGUGGUCGUUUCAGUACCUCAUUUCUGAUCAGAGAUCGAAGUUCUUUUCCAUCUCUUUUCUGUUCAAAUUAAACCAAACCCAGUUUCAAAAACCUGCAAAUAUUUUCAUGUAGUGCUUUUUUUAGAGUAAAAAAGUGGGUUUUUUUUUUUUUAAUUUGAAAGCUGUUUUCUGUCUCAUUUGCCCCUUUUUUUAUACUGUUUAAUCGUCAGGCGAGAGAGAGAAAAAGCAAGACAGACAAGGCAGAGAGAAAAGGAAAGGAAGCGUUGCAUUAAAAGGGUGUUUUUUUUUUGGGAAGCCGGGAAAGGGUGAUAAGAGAAGUUUUUUUCCUUUUUGGUUUGGUUUUUAACAAAAAGAGAUAAGAGAUUUUUAAUUAAUGUCCAAAAAUUAAAUGAACUGUUUUCACUUUUUCAGUUGUUUCAUUUAAACUUCUUUCUUUCAUGUCUCAGACUUAAAUUUAUAACCAAUUCUUGGGUUGUCCACAGCAUUAACUCAGAAGUUCUAGAUUUCAAAAUCUUCACGAGUUUUGUUUUUUUAUCCCAAAAAAUCAAAAUCCCAACUUGAAAGGCUGAUCAAAAGAGAGCCCAAAGAAAUGAAGGAGCCAGUAAAGAGCUUGGAUCCACAGCUAUGGCAUGCUUGUGCUGGAUCCAUCGUUCAAAUCCCACCAGUGAACUCCAAAGUCUUCUACUUUCCUCAAGGCCAUGCUGAGCACUCUCUCUCUUCCGUGGAUUUCUCAUCUUCUCCUCAAAUUCCGGCUCUUGUUCUUUGCCGAGUAUCUUCUGUCAAAUUCUUGGCUGAUAUUGAAACUGACGAAGUAUAUGCCAAGAUUAUGCUUAUGCCACUGCCAAACAGCGGGCGUGAUAUUGAAGAUGAUGUCGUUAUAGGUGGUGGCUCUAAUGGGUCUGAUAAUGUGGAAAAGCCUGCUUCUUUUGCUAAGACAUUGACUCAAUCUGAUGCAAACAAUGGGGGUGGUUUUUCUGUUCCAAGAUACUGUGCUGAAACCAUUUUUCCAAGAUUGGAUUACUCUGCGGAUCCUCCUGUUCAAACUGUUAUUGCCAAGGAUGUUCAUGGUGAGAUUUGGAAAUUUAGGCAUAUUUAUAGGGGGACUCCUAGGAGACAUCUUUUGACGACUGGCUGGAGUACUUUUGUGAACCAGAAAAAACUUGUUGCUGGGGACUCAAUCGUGUUCUUGAGAGCCGAAAACGGUGAUCUUUGUGUUGGGAUUAGGCGAGCAAAGCGUGGGAUUGGAAAUGAACUCGAGUCUGGUGCUCAAGGUUGGAAUUCUGGUCAUGUAAAUGGAAAUUGUGUUACUCCUUAUGGAGGAUUUUCAGCUUUCCUGAGGGAGGAUGAGAGUAAGAUAAUGAGAAAUGGGAAUUUAAGAGGAAAGGGAAAAGUGAGGCCAGAGUCUGUUUUGGGGGCUGUGGCGCUUGCUGCUGGUGGCCAGCCUUUUGAGAUUAUUUAUUAUCCUAGAGCAAGCACACCGGAGUUUUGUGUUAAGGCAUCUGCAGUAAGGGCAGCAAUGAGGAUUCCUUGGUGUUCUGGGAUGAGGUUCAAGAUGGCUUUUGAGACUGAGGAUUCUUCUAGGAUUAGCUGGUUCAUGGGAACUGUGUCUUCUGUUCAAGCUGCAGAUCCCAUCGGAUGGCGUAAUUCGCCUUGGCGGCUUCUCCAGGUGACAUGGGAUGAGCCAGAUUUGCUGCAAAAUGUUAAACGUGUGAGUCCCUGGUUGGUUGAAUUGGUAUCAAACAUGUCUGCCAUCCACCUGCCACCCUUCUCACCACCUAGAAAGAAGUUAAGGCUUCCCCAACACCUUGACUUUCCCGUUGACAGACAAUUUCCGAUGCCAUCAUUUUCAGGCAAUCCCCUUGGGCCCAGCAGCCCCUUACGUUGUUUAUCUGAUAAUGCUCCUGCAGGCAUACAGGGAGCCAGGCAUGCUCAAUUUGGAUUAUCUUUAUCAGAUCUCCAUCUUAACAAUAAACUGCAGUCAGGACUGUUUCGGUCCAGUUUCCAGCAGUUUGAUCCACAUGCUAGAAUAGCUGAUGGCAUCAUGAUGGCAAGGCGCAUAAACAGUAAUGAUAAUUUAUCUUGCUUGUUAACAAUGGGGAAUUCUAGUCAGAAGGAGAAAUCUGAUAACGCAAAAAGACACCAGUUUUUACUCUUUGGUCAGCCGAUACUUACCGAGCAGCAGCUCUCUUCUAGCUGUUCAAGUGAAACUGUCUCACAAGUUAUUAACAGAAAGCGAUCAUUAGAUGGUAAUGCAGACAAAACAAAAGAUACUUCUGAUGGUUCAGGAUAUGCUCUUGAGAAUCAUUUUUCUCCAGAGAAGUCAUCCACUGCUGGAUUUUUGUGGCACCAGGACUAUCGAACCACAGAACCUGGCCUGGAUACUGGUCAUUGCAAGGUAUUCUUGGAGUCAGAGGAUGUGGGAAGAACUCUUGACCUGUCAGUUCUUGGUUCUUAUGAAGAGUUAUAUAGGAGGUUGGCUGACAUGUUUGGAAUAGAAAGAUCAAAGAUCUUGGGCCAUGUGCUGUAUCGAGAUGCAACAGGUGCUGUCAAACAAACUGGAGAUGAACCAUUCAGUACUUUUAUGAAGACAGCCAAAAGAUUGACAAUAAGGAUAGAUUCAGGCAAUGAUACUGUUGAAAGGUCAUGGCUCACGGGAAUGCGAACAGCAGAAAAUGGACUAGAAGGGCCAAACAAGACAGGUCCCUUGAGCAUAUUUGCAUGAUUCAGAGCACAAUGUCAAUAAGCAUGCAUGGAUAUUUCAAGAAUUUAUAGAACAGUAGACUUUUUAGCUCCUCAUAGGGGAUGUGGAUGUCUGUAUAGUUUUCUUGUCCAAGUGUUUGUGUUCAAAAAACAUUGAUGUCGUAUAAUUUACUGAAUGUUUAUCGUCAGUUUUAUGUUGAUAUUGACCGCGACUCCAUCCAUGCAAAGCUCAAUUGUAAGGAAUUCUGUUAGUUCCUGUUUCCACAUAUGCUUCAAAAUGCAAUUGAAACUUCUCUCUAUGACUUUUUUGAAA